GUUCAUCUCGGUCAUGUCAGAUGGAUCCCUGGACAGUGCAGUGAUGGAGGAAGAAAUGGUCUACGUCAGGAGUGCCAGUGAGGGAAAAGUAAAAGUUGAUUUUGUCGGGGUAAAAGCUGUUUCAAAGCCAGAUGCUACAAACAUAGCUGAAGCUGUGUGCAGUAUAAUGGAUAGUGAAGUCAGCACUGACUGGAAGAACAAGCUGGUGGCCCUCACCACAGAUGGAGCAUCUGUCAUGACAGGAGUAAACAAUGGUGUAGUCACAAAACUGCGUGCAGACAGACCAAGUGUGCUCGGGAUCCACUGCAUGGCCCAUAAGCUUGAGCUCGCCUUUUCAGAUGGAAUAAAGAAAAAACUGAUGGUCAGGAAGGUUGAGGACCUGUUGAGUGGACUCUACACCUUAUAUCAUAAGAGUGGAGUAAACAGGGCCAGCCUAAAGCUACACUACAAGGAGCUCCACAUGAAGGCUUUGAUGCCAACCAGAGUAGGUGGAACCCGGUGGCUACCACAUCUUUUCAAAGCACUUGACCAUUUUCUCAGGGGAUAUGCUGGCAUUGUACGCCACUUAGAGGACAAGGUAUGUUAAUUUAUAGCCUAGUAAAACCAGCAGUGUAGAUGGAUAAUUUAAUGUUAGCUUUCUUUUUUCUCAUCAGUUUUAAAUGCAAUCUGUGAUAUAAUGCAGUUGUUUUGUUUGCAGUCCCAGGAGGCCCCGAACAUCAAUGCUCUUCUGAGGGCAAAAGCCAAAGGCUUCCUCAACAUAGCCAAGGAUGGUGGAGUGCUCAGGUAUUGCUGCCUUCUCCAUGACACUAUCUAUCAACUGAGCAACCUCUCCAAGUCACUGCAGAGGUCAGUGUCAACCCUGGCUGAAGCUCAGAGCUGCCUGUCCUCCACUCAGGCUGUCAUAGAAAAGUACAAGUCAAGGUAUGUAUCAUAUAUCCUACAAUUUAUAGUUUGAUUUUAGGUUGUGUUGGUGUGUUUUCACCUCAGUAUAAUAAAUUAAUUAAUUAAUUAAUGAAUACCCAUCCAUCUAUCUCUGCACAACUGUAGACCUGGGCCUAAGUUGAGAACAGUGCUGGACACAGACACCUAUGAGGGAGUCCUCCUGAAGCCUGCUGAUGCCGACCACCAUGACAAGGCAAAGAAUGAACUAAUCGAUUCUCUGUGCCGGUGCAUCACUGCUAGAUUUAGUGCUGUGAACAGUGGUGUCCUGCAGGCUAUGCGACUGACCAGUUUCCAGUGCUGGCCAGAGGCAGACACGAGUUCAGAUUUUGGUGAUGAAGAGGUAAACAAACUCAUCAGUCACUUCCGACCUCUUCUGCUGUCUGCUGGAGUGGAUGUGGAGUUGAUCCCUGAUCAAUGGACAGUUCUCAAGACUGAACUAUACACAGCAGGAUUCAGUCAAGAAACCUUCGAGAAGACCUGGCCUACUGUCAACAGAAUGCUUCGCCAUCGGUGUCCUGACAUGCUGGAUCUAAUUGAUGCUCUCCUCACCAUUCCUGCAACCACAGCUGACUGUGAAAGAGGCUUCAGUGUUAUGAAGCAGGUAAAAAGUGACUGGCGCUCACGCCUGAAAGGUGAGACCCUCUCUGACCUCCUAAAGACACAGUUGUGCUCACCCGACAUCAAAGACUUUGAUCCUACAAAAGCCAUUGACAUCUGGCAUGCUGACAGUUUGCGCUCACGCAGGCCUGAGUUUGUGCGCAAACACGGAACAAAAGGAACUGAGGGUGGCUCGGAAUCAGAUGGAGAAAGUUCAGAGAGCUCUGCAGACAUUUAAUUCAGAAGAACGAUGAAGAUAGAUAGACGAAAUUCGGAAAUUGAAUGAAUAAGAAAGGAAAUGUUUGAACUAUGUAUAUUGUUUUAUGUAUUGUACUUUCUGUACAUUGUACUUUCUGUGCAUUUUUAAUGCCAACAAUGAUAAUAAAUUGAUGAAAUGCAUUCAGUGGCACUCAUAAUCUGUUAUUUUCAUCGGGAAAUAAUUUUGGCUAGUGGAAAUUCUGAUUGGCUGGUAACUUUAGAAAGUUACCAGCCACAUUGGCUGGUGAUCAAAAAAGUUAAUUUAGAACCCUGCUCAUGGUAUACAUUGGAAAUACUUUACACAGGAAAAGUGUUACCAUCUCUGCAAACCCAAACCCAAACAAACUCAAUACCAAAAUGUGUGCCAAUAUGCAACCAUUAUGUGAGCAACACGAUCCAAACCAAUGUACACCAGUUAUCAGUUAUAAACAUUAACAAAACGUGUAACUGGAUUUCCU